AUGGUGACUACCGAAUACAAGUUCGAGGGAUGGAUGGGCCUCGACCCGUCCUCGGUCGAGGGCAACAUGGUCUGGAGGGAGUUCGAGCCCAAGCCGUGGGAGGAGACGGACGUGGAUAUCAAGAUCACUCACUCGGGCAUCUGCGGCUCCGACCUCUCGACGCUGCGAUCCGGCUGGCGCGAGGCCCCCUACCCCGUCGUUGUUGGCCAUGAAAUCGUCGGCGUGGCCGUGCGCGUGGGCUCCAAGGCCGAGGGCGGCAUCAAGGUCGGCGACAUGGUCGGCGUCGGCGCCCAGUCAGACUCGUGCCUGGGCCGCGACGGCCCAUGCGAAGCGUGCGGCAACGAGUGCGAAAACUACUGCUCGCAGGUCGUCAUGACGUACGCGUCCAAGCACCGCAACGGCGCGCCCACGCUCGGCGGCUACGGCCGCUACCAUCGCUGCCCAUCGCACUUCGUCAUCAAGAUCCCCGACGGCGUGGCCCCCGAGCACGCGGCCCCGAUGCUGUGCGCCGGCGUCACCGUCUACUCGCCCCUCAAGCACUUUGGCGUCGGGCCGGGCAAGCGCAUCGCCGUCAUCGGCAUCGGCGGCUUGGGACACUUUGCCGUGCUCUUUGCAAAGGCGCUCGGCGCGGAUGAGGUUGUGGGCAUCUCGCGCAAACAGAACAAGAGGAAGGACGCGAUUGACCUUGGCUGCGACGACUAUAUUGCCCUGGACGACGAAGAGGGCUGGGCCACCAAGCACAAGAACCGCUUCGACCUCAUCCUUAGCACCGUGUCGUCAACCAAGAUGCCCCUUGGAGACUAUAUCCGCCUCCUCAAGUUCGAGGGCACCUUCGUCCAAGUCGGCCUUCCCGAGGGUCCCGUCAGCCUGGCCCUGGGGUCCGUCAUGGGCGGCCGCCGCACGCUGACCGGCUCGGCCAUAGGCAGCCCCAGGGAGAUUUACGAAAUGUUCAAGCUGGCGGCCGAGAAGAACGUCCAGCCGUGGAUCGAGAAGCGGCCCAUGCAGGACGCCAACCAGGCCAUCGUCGACAUGGAUGCUGGCAAGCCUCGCUUCCGGUACGUGCUGGUCAACAACUGA